GUUUGGCAGAAGCUUAGAGGGGAACAACAUCAUCAACGUCGUCGGAUAGAAUCUACAGGUCUUCCCUUGAGGAUUAAAGUGAUUUGUAGCUGCCCGCACCCCCAUCCUAUACAUAUCUUUGUGAAUAACACUCGUCUAAAAUGCGUCAUAUCGCUGCUUACCUUCUCCUCCAAAUUGGUGGCAAUGCCUCUCCGUCGGCUAGCGACGUCAAGAAGGUGUUGAGUGCUGUCGGGAUAGAGGCCGAUGACGACAGGCUCGACAAACUUAUCUCUGAACUCGAGGAAAAGGACAUCAAUGCUUUGAUUGCUGAGGGUUCUGCUAAGCUGUCGUCCGUUCCUUCUGGUGGCGCCGUCGCCGCUGCUGCUCCGUCAGCCGGCGGAGCAGCGCCUGCCGCUGCCGUCGAGGAGGAGAAGAAGGAAGAAAAGAAGGAGGAGAAGGAGGAAUCCGACGACGACAUGGGCUUCGGUCUUUUCGACUAAUUACGUUACGAAGUGUUGUUCUUGUACGAAAACACGCGAGCAGAUGCACCGUAAUAAUGAUGAAUUUCCCUUGGAA